AUGGCGUCUCCGGGAUUCCUUGCAUCGCAUAAGGAUGGAGCCGACAAAUCACAAAACCACCUACGAGCAAUAUUGCGUCACCCUACGCCAACAUACGUCACCCUACGCCACCCUACGCCAACAUACGCCACCCUACGCAAACAUACGCCACCCUACGCCAACAUACGUCACCCUACGCCAACAUACGCCAACAUACGCCACCCUACGCCAACAUACGCCACCCUACGCCAACAUACGCCACCCUACGCCAACAUACGCCACCCUACACCAACAUACGCCACCCUACGCCAACAUACGCCACCCUACGCCAACAUAUGUCACCCUAUGCCAUCUUACGCCACCCUACGCCAACAUACGCCACCCUACGCCAACAUACGCCACCCUAUGCCAUCUUACGCCACCCUACGCCAACAUACGCCACCCUAUGCCAUCUUACGCCAGCCUACACCAACAUACGCCACCCUACGCCAACAUACGCCACCCUACGCCAACAUACGCCACCCUACGCCAACAUACGCCACCCUAUGCCAUCUUACGCCAGCCUACGCCAACACACGCCACCCUACGCCACCCUACACCAACAUACGCCACCCUACGCCAACAUACGCCACCCUACACCAACAUAUGCCACCCUAUGCCAUCUUACGCCACCCUACGCCAACAUACGCCACCCUACGCCAGCAUACGCCACCCUACGCCAACAUACGCCACCCUAUGCCAUCUUACGCCAGCCUACGCCAACACACGCCACCCUACGCCACCCUACACCAACAUACGCCACCCUACGCCAACAUACGCCACCCUACACCAACAUAUGCCACCCUAUGCCAUCUUACGCCACCCUACGCCAACAUACGCCACCCUACGCCAGCAUACGCCACCCUACACCAACAUAUGCCACCCUACGCCAACAUACGCCACCCUACACCAACAUAUGCCACCCUACACCAACAUAUGCCACCCUACACCAACAUAUGCCACCCUACACCAACAUAUGCCACCCUAUGCCAUCUUACGCCAGCCUACGCCAACACACGCCACCCUACGCCACCCUACACCAACAUACGUCACCCUACACCAACAUACGCCACCCUACGCCAAUAUACGUCACCCUACGCCAUCUUACGCAACUCUAUAAUAAAGGGCUGCAGACUCCGCUUACUUUACCUCUGA